AUGAAUCAUAAUAAUUAAAAGAAAUAGAAAUAAUUAAAGUUGAAAUCGAAAAAGGUCUCCAUCAUUUGCAAGAGAAAAAUCAAUAAAUCGAAUAAACAGAAAAAUCAUGCACUUUAAGAAGAACUGAAACAAAAUGAAUCAUAAAAAUUAAAAGAAAUAGAAAUAAUUAAAGUUGAAAUCGAAAAAGGUCUCCAUCAUUUGCAAGAGAAAAAUCAAUAAAUCGAAUAGUAAACAGUAACUAUUCAAGAAUUAGAAUAAAUAAAUCAUGCACUUAAAGAAGAACUAAAGUAGAAAGAAGAAUAAAAAUUAAAAGAAAUAGAAAUAAUUAAAGUUGAAAUCGAAAAAGGUCUCCAUCAUUUGUAAGAAAAGAAUCAAUAAAUCGAAUAAUAAACAGCAACUAUUCAAGAAUUAGAAUAAAUAAAUCAUGCACUUUAAGAAGAACUGAAAGAAAAUGAAUCAUAAAAAUUAAAAGAAAUAGAAAUAAAUAAAGUUGAAAAUCGAAAAAGGUCUUCAUCAUUUGGUAAGAAAAGAAUCAAUAAAUCGAAUAGUAAACAGCAACUAUUCAAGAAUUAGAACUAGAAAAAGUCAUGCACUUAAAGAAGGAACUAAAGUAGAAAGAAGAAUAAAAAUUAAAAUGAAAUAGAAAUAAUUAAAGUUGAAAUCGAAAAAGGUCUCCAUCAUUUGUAAGAAAAGAAUCAAUAAAUCGAAUAGUAAUCAGCAACUAUUCAAGAAUUAGAACAGAAAAAUCAUGCACUUAAAGAAGAACUAAAGUAGAAAGAAGAAUAAAAAUUAAAAGAAAUAGAAAUAAUUAAAGUUGAAAUCGAAAAAGGUCUUCAUCAUUUGUAAGAAAAGAAUCAAUAAAUCGAAUAGUAAACAGCAACUAUUCAAGAAUUAGAACAGAAAAAUCAUGCACUUUAAGAAGAACUGAAACAAAAUGAAUCAUAAAAAUUAAAAGAAAUAGAAAUAAUUAAAGUUGAAAUCGAAAAAGGUCUCCAUCAUUUGUAAGAAAAGAAUCAAUAAAUCGAAUAAUAAACAAAACAGAAAAAUCAUGCACUUUAAGAAGAACUGAAACAAAAUGAAUCAUAAAAAUUAAAAGAAAUAGAAAUAAUUAAAGUUGAAAUAGGAUAAGGUCUCCAUCAUUUGCAAGAAAAAAAUCAAUAAAUCGAAUAGUAAUCAGCAACUAUACAAGAAUUAGAACAGAAAAAUCAUGCACUUUAAGAAGAACUAAAGUAGAAAGAAGAAUAAAAAUUAAAAGAAAUAGAAAUAAAUAAAGUUGAAAUCGAAAAAGGUCUCCAUCAUUUGUAAGAAAAGAAUCAAUAAAUCGAAUAGUAAUCAGCAACUAUUCAAGAAUUAGAAUAAAAAAAAUCAUGCACUUUAAGAAGAACUAAAAAAUUAAUUAAAGUUGAAAUCGAAAAAGGUCUUCAUCAUUUGCAAGAAAAGAAUCAAUAAAUCGAAUAGUAAUCAGCAACUAUUAAAGAAUUAGAAUAGAAAAAUCAUGCACUUUAAGAAGAACUAAAGUAGAAAGAAGAAUAAAAAUUAAAAGAAAUAGAAAUAAUUAAAGUUGAAAUAGGAUAAGAAUCAAUAAAUCGAAUAGUAAUCAGCAACUAUUCAAGAAUUAGAAUAAAAAAAUCAUGCACUACUUAAGAAGAACUGAAAGAAAAUGAAUCAUAAAAAUUAAAAGAAAUAGAAAUAAUUAAAGUUGAAAUCGAAAAAGGUCUCCAUCAUUUGUAAGAAAAGAAUCAAUAAAUCGAAUAAUAAACAGCAACUAUUCAAGAAUUAGAAUAAAUAAAUCAUGCACUUAAAGAAGAACUGAAAGAAAAUGAAUCAUAAAAAUUAAAAGAAAUAGAAAUAAUUAAAGUUGAAAUAGGAUAAGGUCUCCAUCAUUUGCAAGAAAAGAAUCAAUAAAUCGAAUAGUAAUCAGCAACUAUACAAGAAUUAGAACAGAAAAAUCAUGCACUUAAAGAAGAACUAAAGUAGAAAGAAGAAUAAAAAUUAAAAGAAAUAGAAAUAAUUAAAGUUGAAAUCGAAAAAGGUCUCCAUCAUUUGCAAGAAAAAAAUCAAUAAAUCGAAUAAUAAACAGUAACUAUUCAAGAAUUAGAACAGAAAAAUCAUGCACUUAAAGAAGAACUAAAGUAGAAAGAAGAAUAAAAAUUAAAAGAAAUAGAAAUAAUUAAAGUUUAAAUAGGAUAAGGUCUCCAUCAUUUGCAAGAAAAGAAUCAAUAAAUCGAAUAGUAAUCAGCAACUAUUCAAGAAUUAGAAUAAAAAAAUCAUGCGCUUUAAGAAGAACUGAAAGAAAAUGAAUCAUAAAAAUUAAAAGAAAUAGAAAUAAUUAAAGUUGAAAUAGGAUAAGGUGUCCAUCAUUUGCAAGAAAAGAAUCAAUAAAUCGAAUAGUAAUCAGCAAUUAUUAAAGAAUUAGAAUAGAAAAAUCAUGCACUUUAAGAAGAACUAAAGUAGAAAGAAGAAUAAAAAUUAAAAGAAAUAGAAAUAAUUAAAGUUGAAAUCGAAAAAGGUCUCCAUCAUUUGUAAGAAAAGAAUCAAUAAAUCGAAUAAUAAUCAGUAACUAUUCAAGAAUUAGAACAGAAAAAUCAUGCACUUUAAGAAGAACUGAAACAAAAUGAAUCAUAAAAAUUAAAAGAAAUAGAAAUAAUUAAAGUUGAAAUCGAAAAAGGUCUCCAUCAUUUGUAAGAAAAGAAUCAAUAAAUCGAAUAAUAAACAGUAACUAUUCAAGAAUUAGAACAGAAAAAUCAUGCACUUUAAGAAGAACUGAAACAAAAUGAAUCAUAAAAAUUAAAAGAAAUAGAAAUAAUUAAAGUUGAAAUAGGAUAAGGUCUCCAUCAUUUGCAAGAAAAAAAUCAAUAAAUCGAAUAGUAAUCAGCAACUAUACAAGAAUUAGAACAGAAAAAUCAUGCACUUUAAGAAGAACUAAAAAAUAAAUAAAGUUGA